AUGCAGCUCAUCACCGCCUUCGCCGCUUCGGCCCUCCUCUUCACCGGCGCCCUCGCCCAAAAGCAAUCCAAGCCCUUCUACCUCGAGCUCAAGUCGGACAACUCCAGCCUCAACGGCCACGUCCUCGACGCCGGCCACGAAGGCGCCGCUAUCGAAGGCCUGCUCCUCGGCCCCAAAGCCUCGGCCGUGCCCAAGAAGACGGCAAACUACUACACGUUCAACUUCAACUACACCCGGUCGCUGCCCAACGACGGCCAGCUGGUGUGGAACCUGGAGGGCGGCUCGGGCAACGACAGCUUCUCCGAGUCCGAAGCCAUGACCCUCUACCUCGACCCCAGCACCAACGUCGCGCUCGCCCUCUUCUACCCCACCAACGAGCCCCAGUCCCUCUCCUUUGACCACGACAACAACAUGUACAUCCAGAGCUACUUGAACGACCGCGUCAACCCGCCCCAGAGCGGCAACCGCACCAACCUCUACAACUGGUACAUGUGCGAGAGCAACUACGAGGGCUACAUCUACAACACCCUCAACUGGGUCUACGGCACCAAGUACGGCCCGCAGAACCCCUCGUGCCAGGCCGUCAACGUCACCCGCACCUUCACCAAGUCCUCUUAG